AUGACGGUCGAGACGCUCUUCCUGCGCACGUCGCCGCGCUGGAUCACGCUCGAGCCUGCGGGGGCCGCCGUCUCGCCCACCCACCUGCUGUACCUGGACCGGCACACGCUGGCGUGCUCGCUGCGCACGAAGGCGGAGUGCGCGGCCCUGGCCGAGCCGGACACAGAAACGCUAGUGUACGGCCUGGUCGGCCUGCUGGAGUCGCUGCACGACGCGUACCUGCUCGUCAUCACGAAGCGCUCCUCGGCCGGCGCGAUCAUCGAGGCCCCCGUGUGGCGCGUCGACACGCUCAAGGCGAUCCCAGUGCGUGGCCCGAAAAUGCUGAAGAAGCAAAUCGGCCUCACCAAGCCGCAGCUCGCCGAGGAGGCCAUGCUCGCCGCCAUGGUCAACUCCGCCACCUCGCUCCCCGGCUUCUAUUUUUCCCACGCCAUCGAUCUCACCCGCUCCGCGCAGCAGAGGGCAGAGGUUAGUAGGGAUUCGCACGCCCCGGCCACCCCGGACUUUGCAAGGGCCGAUUUGAGGUUUGUUUGGAACCGCUACGCGGCGAAGAAAGUCGCAGAGCAGGGCGCUAUUAGCUGGAUAGUACCCUUGAUUUUGGGGUAUGUCGAUGUCAGGAAUGGGUUGGUUAACGGAAAGGCCGUCCAGUUGGCCCUGGUUUCGAGGAGGAGCCCCGAUCGCCCAGGCUUGAGGUAUACCGCUAGAGGCGCCGAUGUGCAUGGCAAUUGCAGCAAUUUUGUCGAGACGGAGCAGAUUGUGUCGCACGGUGAUUCAUAUUCGAGCUACAUUCAGUUGCGGGGAAGCAUUCCCCUUCUGUGGAAGCAGGAGGCAUGCAUAAAGUACAAGCCAACCCCGGUGCUAAAAGAGGUCGAUGCUGGAGGGAAGGGCGGCCUGGGGCAGAUGGCUUUUGAAAAACAUCUUGAUUCCCUUGUCGACCAUUAUGGCCCGGUCACUCUCAUCUCGCUUAUCGAAAACAAGGGCAUUGAAUCAAUUCUCCAUUCCGCUCUUAGCAACGCUGUCGACAUGAUGGCAAAUCCAAAGCUGCACUUUGUGCCAUGGGACUUCCAUAAAAAGUGCAAGGGCAUGAAGUAUGAGAGGGUCGACCACGAGCUCUUACCGAUUAUCGACUCGGACCUCAACGCCUACAGCUACUUUUAUACAAAGGAUGGCACGUCUGCCAGCAUCACAAAGCGCCAACGGGGAGUCGUUCGCGUCAACUGCAUUGACAGUCUCGAUCGAACAAAUGUCGUUCAGAGCGUUGUUGCACAUCGCAUCAUGGAUGCCGCGCUACAGGUCAUGGGCGUGCUGGAUAGCAAUCCAGAAACUGGCACAGCCGCCAAGUUUGACGCUUUUGAGAAGGCUUUCAAGAAUACAUGGGCUGAUAACGCGGACGCGUUAUCAGUGGUGUAUGCCGGGUCUGGUGCGCUGAAGACCGACUACACACGGACGGGGAAGCGCUCAAAACCGGGUAUGGUACAAGACGGGAUAAGAGCCGUUCAACGAUAUUUCUACCAAAACAUGUUUGACGGAAGGCGGCAGGAUGGCAUUGACCUGUUGCUUGGUGUCGUUGUUAUUCCAAAGUCCUCCACUGCUGCGAAGGAUCUCUCGUCUAUCAUGUCGAAGGCUGAACCUUUGGUAGUGAAGGAGAAGUUUUUGCCACAUCUGUGCUUGCUCUGUCUCAUUGUAGCUGUUGUGGGCUCCAUCGUCCCACAAAGCAUGGUCAUCAAAGGUAGUGUAGCUGCUGCUGGGUUGGCCGGCGCAGGUCUGUUCUUUAGCAUGAUGCUUGCUGUGGGACAUAAGCUUGUGUCGCGACCCAAGUUAGAUGGCACUAAUUAGGAAUAUGUAACGAGUAGAAGUUAAAGUAAUAAAGACCAAUAUCUUAACUUUCUUCCUUUGA